AGUCUUGCACAGGUGUACCGGCUCCUCCCCUUCAGUCUUGCACAGGUGUACCGGCUCCUCCCCUUCAGUCUUGCACAGGUGUACCGGCUCCUCACCUUCAGUCUUGCACAGGCGUACCGGCUCCUCCCCUUCAGUCUUGCACAGGUGUACCGGCUCCUCCCCGUCAGUCUUGCACAGGUGUACCGACUCCUCCCCAUCAGUCUUCCACAGGUGUACCGGCUCCUCCCCUUCAGUCUUGCACAGGUGUACCGGCUCCUCCCCUUCAGUCUUGCACAGGUGUAUCGGCUCCUCCCCUUCAGUCUUGCACAGGUGUAUCGGCUCCUCCCCUUCAGUCUUGCACAGGUGUACCGGCUCCUCCCCUUCAGUCUUGCACAGGUGUACCGGCUCCUCCCCUUCAGUCUUGCACAGGUGUACCGGCUCCUCCCCUUCAGUCUUGCACAGGUGUACCUGCUCCUCCCCUUCAGUCUUGCACAGGUGUACCGGCUCCUCCCCUUCAGUCUUGCACAGGUGUACCGGCUCCUCCCCUUCAGUCUUGCACAGGUGUACCGGCUCCUCCCCUUCAGUCUU